AAUAAAGCGUGAGUAACUGAAUAAGCAUAAACAUAAAACAUAAAACUUGGCUUUCAGCAACAAAUUUUUUACAUUCAAAAAAAUUCAUAAAAAGUUGCAUGAAACCGCCAAAUCAUUGGCACCAACUUUACAAAACAUAACACAUCAGUGUUUGUCGGUGUUUGUGAAAAUCAUUUAUAAAAAAUAAAAAUUAUAAUUUCUGUAUUUUUAUUUUUCAAUUUGAAAUAAUUACUUCGAAUAGUAUCGUCACAGAAUAAAUUAACGGUGCUUCAAUACCACGGUCUUAGAAGGUGUUCAAUACGCUAGCAUGGCAUCAUUGUACGAUGUUUUUUCAAAUUGGUGUCACUGGAAUAUGCUGGUAUAUACUGGUAUGGUAUUGUGGUAUAAACUGCCUUAUCAUUUUUCGGACAAUUGCCCCCAACCCCAAAUUUUGAAAUGGAUUUGCCUCAUUAAGCGGAAUGCUGAUAAUGUAUAGUUGUCAGACCUUAAUAUCUUCUGCAGUUCUGCAUUGAGUUGUCCCCAGGUCGUACACAGCACAUUUAAGCACACUUCUUCCCAUAGUUUACUUUUUAAAUUAGCAUCUGAAUAAUCUUUUAAAUUUUUAUUGAACAAUGCCGGUCUCUUUUCUACUUCAUUUAUUAACAAUUCACUGUCAAUGUCUUCAUCUCGUGGACAAGCUACUGUGGUCAUUUUGUACUAAUGAAAUCGAUCAUCGAUGUGACUUGCUCGGACGUUACUGAAAAAAUGAAACGGCAACUAUAUUGUCGCCCGUGUGCGCACGUAGAUACCAAACUAUAGACGAGGAAACUACACGGAGACUGUUUCGUCGCUCUUCUGUCGGCGGGUCGAGCAAUUAAAAAGUUGCGUCGCUGUUGCGUUGCUCUGUGUGCGGGACUACAUUAAUUGACUUAGUGGAAUUUGUGGAAAAGACAAGUAUAAAUUACUCUAUGGGACGGAUCUAUAACUUUACUGGAUAGAUGUUAGUAACGGAUUUCAUCGAGAUAACACAAAAUUCUUAUCAAACAAAUUGAUAAUAUAAUAAAUAAUAAUAUAGACAAUUAGGCCAUGUGACAAUAUUUAUUUAUGCGGGCAUGCGGCAUGCUAUAAAAUAAAAAAUAAUGUUUAAUUUUUUAUUUUUAUCAAAAGUUAUUAAAGUUUAAUAUAUUUUUAUUCACUUAUAAUAUUAUUAUUUUUCAUCAUCGAUAUUCAAUCACUUAAUAAUAAGACCACACCCUUCAGAAUAUGUACUACCUUAUAAAGUUCACUUUGUAGUGCUUACCUCAAAAGUUGUUUACAAGUUAAAUUUAUAAAUUCUAAAUCUUAAUUAAUCCUGUAUCGUAAACACAAUAAAGUAAAUUUCGUGGCUUAUGUUAAAAAAAAAUAUGGAAUCAAAGAAUCGAUUGGGCUAUUGCGAGGUGUGCAGCAGUGACGCUGCUAAAUACUGCUGCCCAAGGUGUGAAGUGAAAACUUGUAGUUUGUCAUGUGUUAAUAUUCACAAGAAAGAAUUAGAUUGUGAUGGGAAGAAAUACAAAACCGGGUUUAAGAAAUUAGAAAAAUUUAAUGACUCUGAAAUGAGUCAAGAUUAUAGACUCAUGAAUGAGUUUAUUGAAGCUGUCGGAGAGUUUAAAAUGAAAACCCAACGCAUAUCCAAUUUAUCUGCAGCUUUUCGAAGAUUACGUUAUCAAGCAUACCAACGAAACAUACGUUUACAGAUUUUACCUAAAUCUACUUUAAACAAAAACAAUACUUCUUUUUUUAAUCCUAAAGUAAAUAAAAUAUUUUGGCGUAUAGAAUGGACAUUUCAUGGCACAGAUGUGAAAUACACAAACCAUAAAGUCCCAGAGUAUCAAAAACUAAAUAGUAUUGCUAGAAACUAUUUCACUACGGAGUUUCAUGAUGAUGAAGUAAAAGAAAAAAUGAAGUUUUAUGUUUCAGCUGGAAUUACAGGUGUAAUAUUUCUAAUGAAAACACCAUAUGGAAAAUAUUAUGAACUUGAUUCUGAGGAUACAAUAUCGUACAGCUUAAGGUAUAAAACAAUAUUGGAAUACCCAGAAAUAUUAGUUGUUUUGUCUAUUCAUAAAGAUGCAUUUAGUGAUCUUCUUUAUGUUGAGAAUUCAACAUUUAAUAACAAUAAAUCAACAAUGAUGUAACAUUUAAUAAAUUGAUGUUUUUUUUUUAAAUAACUUCACAUUUGAAAUUAGUUAAAAUAUUUUUUUCUCUAUGAAUCUAACUAUAAGUUCUAUCAAACAAAAUAUUAUCAUUUAUUUCAUUGGGCAAUUGGUUAAUUAAAUAUUAAAAUUAUAAUUAUAAUGAAGCCCAGGAAAAAUUAAAACUUCUUUUAAAAGUGCUAUGUAAUAAACUAAAUGUGUUGGAUUAGAAAAAACAAAUAAUUUUGGAAUAUCCUCUUAAACCAAAUUCAUUGAAAUGAGCAUAAAUAUCUAUUUAGUUAUUUGUUACUCAUUAAUCAACUGAAAAUGUGAACUCAUAUUUUUUAAGUACCAUAAAAUUAUUCAAAUGUCAUUCACCAAAAUAUUAAAUUACAUAUUAUAAAUUAAUUUUUUAAUUACAUCCUAGGUGCUAUUAAUAUUUUUUUUGUAUUAUAAAUAAUUUGUAUAAACUAUUUUGUUGAAGAAUAUUUUUUGAUGUCUACUAAAUGAUUGAAUUGUUUUUAUAUUGUUGAUAUUUGUAUAACAUAAUUAUGACUGAACUGUAAUAUUUACUUUUAAGACACAAUUAUUUUGAAUUUGUACAAGAUAAUAUGACUAAAGUAGGUACCUAAAGUAAUACAAUAAAAUUGUAA